UGCUUAACAUAUACAGUAAUGUUUAACGACAUGUUUUUUAAUUUUUGGAACCUAACCCCCCCUUUUCGCACUAGUUUCGUAUAACACGGAUCCGCGUAACACGGCAAUUUUCUGGAAGGUAACUCCCGUGUUAUACGGGGGUUACCCGUAUGUAUUCAAAUUUGGCCGAACUCUCAAUUUCUCUUGUAGUAUUUUGAAAUACUCAAAAUCUUAGUUUUUCUUAUCAGAAUGGAUCCUUUCCAAGUGGUUUUUCAUUUUCGCCGGCUUCAUAGCAUCAUUGCCGAAAGUUUUUUUUUCACAUAAUAAGCACCUAGGAAUAGUUUCAUUAGCAAACGAUGGCACAAAACCAUAUUUUUCAAAUACUCCCGUGAAUAUUGUCUGCAUUUCUUCUUAGCAUUGGUAGCCGACAUUGUGGGUAUUAAAAUCAGAUUUUUAAUACGAAAAACGCAAUACGUUUGCGGCACAACGAAACAGCAGCAGUAAGAGACAUAACUUACUUAGGUGCGACUAAAUAUCCAGAUGGCACAACGCGCCGAUUGGUCGGCCGAAUGACGUCAACCUACCGGAAAUGUCGAUCAAUUAGCCUAAACUUCGUAAGAGUUUGGAGAGCGGGCAGACGUUAUAAUUAUAGACAUUUCGUGUAAAACUCGAUAAAAGGCACUUAUUUAUAAUUUCACUAGCUCUUACGUGUAUCGACAUUAAUGUUAAAAUUAUUGCAAAAUUUUCAAUUAACCUAAAUUACGUGAUAUCGAAGAUUUUAAUGUCGAGAGAGUUUUAAACAUCAAGAAGUAACUUUUAUCUGUUUUUCAUUUCAAUAAAUCAUUUUUGUACAUUUACUAUAAUAAUAAAAUAAUCAAAAACAACAAAUAUAAAUUGCAAAUUAAGUUCUUUUUUACAUUCUUUAUUAGACCAUACAGUAUUUUUAACCUUACAGAAACUUGUAUUUAACGUUUUAUAUAUAUAUUACAACAGAAUAGGCUAAGUGGAAAUGCAGAUUAGUUAACAAUUUAAUAUAAUUUUCACCUAAACAUAAUUCAUAGUUUUUAACGCAUAAUUGUUAAAACAUUUUAAAUAAUAAGUUAUUUUUUUUCUACAAAUUCUCUAAUUCAUUGGUUGGCUUUUCUAAUCAAAUUCCGCGGAAACUUAAUUAAAUAUAGACACCGAAUAUCGCUUGGCUUUAUAUUUUCCUAGACAACGCGAACAAAAAUAAGCUUACUACGAAAACAUUACGGUACAAACGCGACAUUACUUCUUCUCGGCACUUAUAUCGAUAAACAAUUUCCACCACGAAACGCGACUUAUUUAAAACAUAUUCGGAGGAAUUUAAAUACUUACGGUGUUAUUGAUUGUUAAAUAAUUUAUACAAGAAUUCUGUACUUUUAAUUUAAAAAAUGGUCGUACGAAUUUGAUUAAACAUAUUUACAGAUAUAUCUAUUAUGGAACUGGGUACACGAAAUUUCUGUAAAUUUGAAAAGUGUCGUUUCUUAACGCGCAGAUUUUGAACCGACAUUCAAAAGCGCAAAAUAUCUAUCGACACAAAGAACUGUCGAUCCUAACUAAAGCAUUAAAAAUUUUUUCCCAUCAGAGUAAAGGCCUAUUCUUUAUUCAAAAUUGUUCGACAACUGUUACAUCUAAACUUUAUAAUUUGUUAAGCCAGAUUUAUAAAAAUUUCUCUUUCGGAGGUAUACAAAACUUAGCUAAUUUUAUCGUUUCGUCUAACUAUAUUAAAUGCGCGUGACAAAUUCAAAAAAUAAUCUGACUCGUCUUAAUUAUAAAUUUCGUCCUUUCUCGAACUAUUUAUAAAUAAUAUCUGUAACAAAUUAUAAAUUUUCUGUUAUUCGUUAUCUGCGCGCGUAUAUUUAAAUUUAAAACACCAAUCGUGCUAUUAAAAUUAUCUAUAGUGCGUGAUUUGGUUCGGAAGUACGCAAAGAUCGAGUAUGAAGUUAAAAUUCGUUCAAAAAAAUAAAUAAUCUUAGUAAUUUAUUAAUUAAGUAAAAGUAAACCGUAUUAAAAUUAUUCCUAUAAAUUUAAGAAAACGUGCGAGCUGAACUUUAUACUGUAUUUUCGCUUUAUACUCAAUAUUACAACUAAAAAAAUAAUCUAUUUCCGCGUCACUUCGUUCCGACCACCACAAAAUAUAAUCCACCGGCAUUUCCUAUUUCGGUGGGUUGACGUCAUUCGGCCCACCAAUCGGCGCGUUGCGCCAUCUGGAUAUUUAGUCGCGCGUAACUUACUUCCGCACCAGCUAUAAAGAACUUCCUGUUUAUUCUCAGAGUUCGUGUUGCCACAUUUUGCUAACAAUAGAUAUUUACAAUUGGAAGGAAUUAUAAUUAUUCUAAACUAUUAAACUAAAGAUAUUAAUAAAUGUACGUGAUUUUUUCAUACGAACAUAAUAAUAAUUUGAUUUUUGGUGAAUUUUUAAAAUAAUAUCGCCUGACUGACUUAUAUUGCCGUUGGACAGUUUACGAACUAAACGCAAACAAGAUGGCGGUGGUAAAGGGUUAAUUGAUCCUCUUUGGUAUUAAUCGACCACUUUGGGGACCCCUAGCUUAGAAUAAACCCUGGAUUACCCUAAAUUGAGAAAACUGUCCACCAUCAUCCAGCUCGCGCUCGAAUAAAAAAAAUAAGACCAACGGUUCUAUGACGCGGAUCCUCGUGCUAUUAUUGCGAAAUAAUAAUCGGAACAAUUCUUAAUUCAUUGUUUUUGAAAAUUUAGUAGGUCCGCUGCUCAUUUAAACUCAACGGUUUGUACAAUAUCCGCUAUUGGUCUAGAUUCGACCAAUCCUGUCGCGACACGAGUCGGCGAUGACGUUUUAUCGAAUUAUAGGAGUUUUUUUAGCGUGUUUGUACGAAUACUGACGCAAUUUUUUCGCCGUCAUAUAGGAAUCCGAACUAUAUGAACCCGUGUUAUAGGAGGGUGGACUGUAUUUACUUAUCGAAAAAUUUUGAGUUACUCGGAAAUAUCUCUUUAUUUUUUCUAUAAAUUAUCGUUUUCUAUUACGUUUUUCAAAUUGAUUUCGAAAAUGCAGAGUUAUAGAAGAGAUUUUUAAUGCUUUCGUGGUGUACGCUUAAAUGUAAAACGUCAUAAAACGUGAGGCGAUUCGAUAGUAACGAAAGAAUAAAAUAUCUUAUAUUGGAAUACUUAAAAAUGGAAGAUGAAGUUGAUGGAAAUGCUGUUGGAAAUAAAUCUUCUCAUGUUCUAAAACAAACUUUUGACUUUGGUCCUUGGACACUUACAUCUAUAAAAAGUCAUAUUUUGCAGUCUAAAUGCACUAGUGCAGAUAUUUGUAAUGUUCUUAGACAGAACAAAUCAAUUGAAGAUAGUAAUAUGGAAUAUUGCACUUUUUGUAGAUUUGAAAAAGAAUUACAAUUACCUCAACUUCCAGACAUGACUUUUGCAAAUAAUAAUCUUAGUAUUAAACAUAAAGAUGGAUUUGGUAUUGAAUUUAAUUGUCUUGAUGCUUUAAAACUGGUUGAAAGCAAACAAGAUUUAAUGAAAGUUGCAAUUGCAGAGAUAUGGCAACAAGCAAGAAGUGAAUGCAAAUAUGCAAAAGAUGUUGUCAAGCCAUUUGACUGGACCUUUACUACAGAUUACAAAGGAACAUUAUUAUCAGAUGGUAAAUCACUCAGAAUAUCAGAAACAUCAGAAAGAAUUGAUUUAGAAAAAUUGAAAGUAAAAGAGAAAAUUAUGUUUUAUGAUGAUAUCCAUCUGUUUGAGGAUGAACUUGCAGAUAAUGGAUGUGCACAAUGUUCCGUUAAAGUUAGAGUAAUGCAAGGUAGCUUUUUCAUCUUGUUAAGAUAUUUUCUGAGAAUUGAUCAUGUUCUAAUUAGGAUAUUAGAUACAAGAAUAUAUCAUGAGUGUAAUAAAAAUUACAUGCUUAGAGAAUAUACCAGUCGUGAAGGAAAAAUUCCUGAUUUACAGGUUUCGUCAUCAAUUUUAACAAAUCCUAAUGAACUUUAUCAACAUGUACCCAUUACAUCUUCAAAUUAUGAGAAAUUAGAAUUUUCCAUAUGAAGAUGAACAGUAAUUAAUAUUUUUGUGAUUUAAAUUGAAUGUAUUAUAUUUAAGUCAUAAUCUUGUAAAUAUUUAUCUACAUUGCAUUAUUAUUACUCUUCAUUAUGAUGUUUGUUGUA